GUCGAAGAAGCAGGAAGGUGAACUUUGGACGCUUCACCGCAGCGAUGUGAGAGGAACAGGACAGAAACUGAGCUACUGUAGCCGAAUAAACGUUCACGGGAAGGCGGAGAAUAACCGGUUUCGACAGACAAGCCAGGUGAGAUAAAGCUGACUGAGGCAGUAUGAGGGGGUCAGCAGCUCUUAUUGUGUCGGUACUUCUGGCCGGGCUGGUUACAGACACCACAGCUGGAAGUGAAAGCUGUCAGGCGAGGAUGUUCAGCCAGAGUUCAGUGGUGUGUGAGUGUAAUGCCACAUACUGCGACUCCGUCGGCCGGGUCAGUUUACCUGCCGUGGGUCACUUCCUGUCGUUCCUGAGCAGUGAGGCUGGCAGCAGGCUGCAUAGGGAGCAAGGCCAGGUACAGAGGAACAGCACAGGUACAGCUCUGAGGAUCACUCUGGUUCCUGAGCAGAAGUACCAGCACAUUAAGGGCUUCGGAGGAGCUAUGACUGACUCAGCUGCCAUCAAUAUCCUGUCCCUGUCGGCCGGAGCCCAGGACCAGCUGCUCCGCCAGUACUUCUCCCCAGAGGGUAUAGAGUAUAAUGUGGUCAGAGUGCCGAUGGCCAGCUGUGACUUUUCCACUCGCCUGUACACCUACGCUGACUCACCUGGAGAUUACAGCCUGCUUAACUUCAGCCUGGCUGAGGAAGACACGCACAUGAAGAUUCCCCUUCUGCAGCGGGCUCAGGCUCUAUCUGCUCGCCCUCUGUCUCUGUUUGCUUCUGCCUGGACCGCCCCCUCCUGGCUGAAGACGAAUGGUGCACUUAUUGGCAAGGGCUCACUCAAAGGCCAGCCAGGGGACAAAGAGUACAAGACCUGGGCUCAGUAUUAUAUCAGGUUCCUGGAGGAAUAUGAGAAACACAACCUUUCCUUCUGGGGGCUGACCACAGGAAAUGAGCCCACUGCCGGAGAAUUGACCAAUUACAGCUUCCAGGCUUUGGGUUUCAUACCAGAACAACAGCGUGAUUGGAUUGCGAUGGACCUCGGCCCCGCCCUCCAUUCCUCCCGGUACGCAAAGACCCGUCUUAUGAUCCUGGACGACCAGAGGCUCCUGCUUCCUCACUGGGCCAAAGUGGUUCUGAGUGAUAUUCACGCUGCGCGCUACGUCCACGGCAUCGGACUCCACUGGUACUGGGACAACUUCACUCCCGCCAAAAUCACUCUAGGAACCACGCACGACCUCUACCCUGAGUACUUCCUGUUUGGCACUGAGGCCUGUUCUGGCUGGACCGGCUUUGACCGGGGUGUGCGACUGGGCAGCUGGAAGAGAGCUGAGGACUACGCCAGUGAUAUUAUAGAGGACCUGAAUAACUACGUGACGGGAUGGACGGACUGGAAUUUAGCGCUAGAUCAGGACGGUGGGCCGAACUGGGCGAAGAAUUUCGUGGACAGCGCCAUCAUCGUGGACCACAGCAGGGACGUCUUCUACAAGCAGCCCACCUUCUACAGCAUGGCCCACUUCAGUAAGUUCCUGUGGGAGGGGUCUCAGAGAGUGGGCGUGUCAGUUACCAAACACUCCGCCCUGGAAAGCUCCGCCUUCAUCAGACCUGACGGCUCAGCGGUGCUGAUCGUUCUGAACAGGUCUGGUGUGGAGGUUCCUUUUGAAGUGUGGGAUCAGACGGUGGGCUUUUUACCCUCCAGCGCUCCUCCUCACUCCAUCCUCACGCUGCUCUGGAACAGGUCCUGAUUAACCCUUUACUCUCCAAACAGGAGUGGAAGGAACGCACACGGCUCUGAGCUACACUCAGACUAUGCUCUCAGUAUCAAACUCUCAAAAAAGACAUUUCAGACAUUUGCUGUGUUCCAAAGCCUGGGCUGGACGAUACACGAUAUACGGACGAACACUUUAAUUAAUCAGUCGUUUUACACUUUAUUAAGUAACGAAGACAAAUUAAUGCAAGCAACUUAAACUUUAAAACAAGCUCCGCACCAACGGCUUCGUUUUCCGCCCUAUUUGUGGUGCUGAUUUUUUCGCAGAGAACUGUGGGUAACCAAAUGCCUGUAAGGAUGCAUCUAAUGCGUCCUUGAAAUCACUCCGAACGUAGGCUGCAUUUCAUGAAACUUGUUUGAUGCUUGCAGCUGUUGCGGCCAAGUUUCAAGUGAGUUGCAGGAUGCUUACGUUAUGCAACUCAAGUGCAAUUCAAGUUUCAUGCAAGUUUCAAAAUGCAUACGAAGGGUCCUUCACUUUGGAACGGCCUGUAUGAUGUAUCGGCCGAGAAACGCAGCAGACCUCGGCUUUGGAAAGCAGCUAUUGUCAAUCAACAACUUGAAAAAUAUUUCAACUGCAUAUCGUAACUAAUGUGCUUUCAUUUAAAGUAAUAAGUUGACAGCUGCAUGGACAUGAAAUUGAAGCCCGAAAUGACCUGGCUGUUUUAAAAACACUCGUCAAAUUUAAAAACCCAAGCUGGACCCAAACCCACUCGCACACACUCACAGAGGUGGAUUAUCUCAGACUGAGCGCUUGAGUUGGACAGUAUUAAGGGUCACUUUACACAUCUGGAAUACACUAUCAGUAUUUCGUCACUAUAUUUAGUCAACUUCCCUUUCCACAUAAUUUGUCAGCCCCAGCUGCCGACUACGUCAUGUGAACAUUUAAUGAUAAAUGGACCAAUAGUAACGCUCCAAAACCCUUCUUACAUUAACUUCCAUUAUAAGUGAAGAAUGGGACUCAUUCACCAACCGUUCUUAACAAAUUUCUUCUUAAAACCCAUUUACGCAGUUUUUACGAAAAUUCUGACAUCGUCUUUCUUAUGUGGGAUUUGUUCUUAGGUAAGAACAGAAUCUACACACUCAAGAGCACAAAGGUGAGAACAGUGCUGCGCUUUAAGAACACGUCGUGAAUCUGACGUAGACUUUUUCUUAGGACCUUUAUCAACAACACAUUUAAGAACAAACUGAGGAAGAUGUUGGAAAACGAGGCUCAAUGUUUUUUCCUUUUUCCUGAAAAAGUUUCCAUUUUGGACACGAGAGACAUUAUCAGCAUAUUUUGGCAGAGAACACGUUCCACCCUCCUCUGAGCAGCUGUUAGCUCCACUAUGCUAGAGUUCCUCACCCAACACCUUGUCCAGGCUCUCGUUCAGGGUAGGGCUGCAUGAUGAAUGGUUUUGCAUCAAAAUUAGAAGGAAUUUUCAAAUCGUACCCCUCAGUUUGAAUUAGAGGUUUUACCUAGAGGUGGCCGAUAUGGCGAAAAUGCAAUAUCGCGAUGCUUCAAGAAGUUUUCAUGAUACAUAUUUCUUUUUUUCUGUCAUAAGUUGGACCAGACAAAGUAGGACGACAAUAUUGACAGGUUCAACAUUUCACAUACUAAGCUGCAUUAAAUCCAGGACUAGUUAUGCUUUUUUGUAGUCAAACGUGCAGUCGGGAAGUGUUGUAAGGAUUGACGAUAUCCACAGUAUACUCACAAAAGCAUAUUGCGACACAUUGUAAUGCAUUUGAUCAUGAUAACGAUAAUUAUAGUCAUACUGCUUACCUGUAUAAUCAAGGUUGUCUUAAAAAGUGCGUAAAUUUAACCUAAUAACAGUCAGACCAGUCAGACCCAAACACCCAUGACUGGCAGUCUGGUGCACUACGUUCUGCGUCGAAGUAGGGCUGGGCAAUACCGCGAUAUUUAUCGUGAUGCACAAUAAUGUCGUAGAUAUUGGCAGUUCUUGCACAACACUGACCAAAUACAUGUUUAGUCUGGUUAAACAGCAUAAUUUGUCCUUUUUGUGAAAUACUGAAUAAUUAUCACUGUAUUCAUAGUUUUUGAGAGUAUUUUUAAUGUUUAAUUACGGGUUCUUUUUUGUCAAAUGUCAGAAAAAAUAAAUACAUAUCGUGUAUCGCGAAGAAUCAUGAUAGAAAUUUUUGCCACAUCGCCCACCACUAUGUCCAGUUCCAGUAUGCUGGUCUUCCUGACCAAAAACAGGCCUGAACCUCAAUUUAUAGACAAUAAUUGCACUUUAAAAAACAGUUACAAUAUAGAGAGAAAAAAGCACAAUUAGGUAUUUUUGGCAAAUUUUCAAAAAGCUCAUGUGACAAAAAACAGAGCAUAAUCUACGACCCUUUUAUGUAGCGUUGCUGUCCAAUGAAAAACAGUUAUCUGUAUUUUUACAGGAGAGGGCAAAAACCCCCUUAACUUUUAAUGUAAAUUAAUGUAAAGAGAUCUUACUGUAAUUGAUUUUGGGGCAUUUCUAUCGGUCCAAUCAUCAUUAAGUUUUCAAAUAAUGUAAAGGAGAACUGAUGUCUUCAAAUGACGCAGAAAAAUAAAAAGCAUUAAAAAUGGGGAGACAUAUUUUUCAGUCACUAUAACAUAUAUAUAUAUAUAUAAAACUCGAUAGUCUUUCGGUGCUUCGGCUCGGGUACCAGAACUCUACUAACGAGCCAGGUGCCCCAAAUGCAACCGAGGUACGGUUACUCGUGAGUUUGAGCUGCUUAUUUGGUCUUUCCGCACACGAGCACACAAACUUCUGACCUCACAGCGAUUUGAUUCCAUUACAGAUCUUUAUGAAUUGAUGCGUCCCAAAAAUUUCACCACGACUGAGUUACUUUAGUGCAUCAGAAUCACUAUUAAAAGCACACUGAAUACACGAACAUUACUGGAGGAGCUGCUUACACAGUGGAAUACAGACAGACAUAAACAUGUAAUAGACAGAGUUUAUAUAUGUAAUAAACAGAAUUUAUAUAUGUAAUAAACAGUUUUAUUACAUAUACAUGCUUGAAUGUAGGCUUGAGAAUUUUGUAUCCAAACAUAAUCUAACAUUCCAUCACAGCCUUGAGAUCAACGUACUGAUUCAUUUACACCACAGCGUCUCGCACUCUGGACCGGUCAGUAGUUUGAAUUUGAAGAUGUUUUUUUUUAACACACUUUGCAGUUGAUUCUAAUGAAAAUGAAGUAUAUAGUGUGGAGCUUUAAAGGGACAGCAUCAUGGAAAAAAACUAUUUUGUUGCUUUGUUUUUGAAUGUAUGCAAACACUUUAUAUUUGUUUACAAAAUUUGAGUUUGAAUUGCUGUUGAAUUCAAAUGAACAUUUAAACCCACUGAAAUAACAGAACUGUAAUGUAAUAUUCUGGAAAAUCACUUCCUCCAUUUGAUGAAUGUUGAACCGUCUUGAAAGUAAUUCUGUCCAGUGCUCAGAAAUUUAGUUUAAAAUUCUGAAAUUAGCAGCCUGAAAAGUGGUCUGAAUUUCUGAGUACUGAAUUAUUAAAUCUGAAUUUGUUAACACUGAAAAAAAUUAUCUGAAUAUGAACGCUUGAUCUUUGGAAAUCUGAAUUUUACAGUGUACAUUUCUGAGCACUGAAAUAAAACUGAAAACAACAUAAUACAGAGAGUGAUAUUCAGUGAUAUUCAGUGUCUCAAUUCUAAGAUUUUGGUGGUGGUUAAAUUGUGUUGAAUUUGUUCGCUUUUAAAUUUCAAGACUUUUUGUCCUUUACCUGCAUCAUUUUUAAAAAAGCUGUUCAAAAAUCACAGCACAUCUGUUUAAUUUUAGCAAAUUAAUAGUAAUUGUGCACUAAACAUAGCAGAAAAAUGUCAUAUUUAAGUGUUUACUGAGGAUUUGUUAGCUGACCCGUUUACGGGUCCGUUCAUCACGAGACGUUCCCACAGCGUGAAGAGCAGCUGCCACGUUUGAAGCGGUGUCGGUUUUGAUAUGACAGCGAUGACGUGACCUCCCAUCCAGCCUCCAACAGUCUAGCUGCUCAAUCACGUUGUAGAAACUUGAAGUUUGUUAUUAACACUGACUGAGGAGAUUCCAAGUGCAAAUCUGUCAAUAACCAUGAAAAGUGACUCAUCAGAACUGCAGGACGACUGACCUGCUGUUAUGAUGAUCUCGAGCAGCGUGUAUGUGACGAGUGGAGGGAGAACAUUUCAGCCUGGCUUUGAGCUUCGCUGCUGUUCUUGGCGUUAAACUCUGACCUGUUUUUAUACAUAUCGCUGCUGUCGGAACAAAACCUCGUAACUUUACAGGAUGAGGAAAAACUUUUAAUGGAAAUUAAUGGAGAAAUAUUUUUUUCCCAAGGAAUUCUGGACCAUUUCUGUUGGUUCCUUCAUGAAAUUUUGACACAGCAUAAACAGUGUGUUCCAAUUCAGGGGCUGCAUCCUUCGAAGGACGCGGUCUACGAAGGCGUGUCCUUCACAGGCUGCACAGACCCGCAAAGGCUGAACCGAAAUGAGACGGUCUGCCCUCUGGCGGAUUUCCUGUUUGCGUCACAGUUCUUUUAAAGUUCUUUGAAGACGGAGCCAGAAACUUUUGAUUUUCAUCUUUAUUUUUUUCCAUUUAUCAAAGCUGGAGAUGCUUCACCGCCGGCGCCUGAUGGGAUUGGCUUUUUCUUUAACAUCUGUAUUGCUGGCUGUUCGACUCAGUUUAAACCCAAUACUUCCAUUUAAAGUGUCCCCUCAGCCGCCGUUCGCUCCUCUGCUGAUGCCACCAUGUUCUCGAAUCCUCGCCGGUACGCAGUGAACCUCGGGAUCUGUUGGCUGGCGAAGGAUGCACCUGUUGGAUCCUUCGUUACCAAGAAAAAGGACACAUUUCUCGGCCGCAUAUGAAGGAGCCUUCAAAAUGGGACAUCUAGUCACGCCACUGUGACGCAAUCGGCCUUCAAAUGUAGCCCCUGAAUUGGGACACAGCUAAAGGGCAGCUGCCUUUUUCAAAUAGUCAAAAAAUGAAAAUACGAGGUUUUGUCCCAACAGCAGCGAAAUGCGAGUUUCAUUUCAAGAAUCUGAUUAGAUGAACUUAAAAUGUACAGGGAGAUUCAUUCGAAAGAGGCCCCGAAUAUUCUGUAAUAACUCUUUCUAGGAUGAAUCAAUCUGAACCAAACAGACAGCCGUCGUGACGUUUAACCUCCGUUUGCAACUUCCAGGUGCAGACCCCCGUACCCCUUCAUGUGUCUGGCAGAAAACAGGGAUCACUUCCAGCAUCACAUGUAAUGCAAUCAAUCACACAUGUCAAGUUAUGUAGCGGAUUUUUUGGUUCAGAUUGCUUCAUCCCAACAAGAGUUACAGCAGAAUAUUCGGGCCUCUUUCGAGUGAAUCUCCCUGUGUUAAUGCCCUUUUUUUCCCCCUCUGAUAAGCACUAGAUAAGCAUUGUGACUGUGUGCCAAAAUGUUUCAUGCCAAUAAAAAAAUAAAUAAAUGAAUGUGUUAAACAUCAAUCUCGUCUGUAAAAAUGCACUAAUUUGGGACAAAAGUGAGCAUUUAUCACUGGAUUAACUAUGCUGUGCAUAAUAAAGUUCUGAAAAUAAAAAUUAUGAAAUCGAAAAGUCUCCAUGGCUCCUGUGCAAAUGUGUAACCAACUCAUGUAAGCCUGUAUUAGCAAGAUCAACAUGGAAUUGAUUUUUAUUCAGUUUUAUUAUUAAUACAUCAUCGUCAUCGUACACAUCAUAUAUAUAAUAUAUAUUUUAAUAUUUAGGGAUUCGUCAUUUUGUCAUUUCCGUAUGCUUUUGCUUUUCUUUGAAUGAGUUUUGGAACUAAAAUUAUUUACAAAAAAAGUGAUACAAAUGAGAGUGAAAAGUGGAGAACUGGGUGUAGAUGGGUCUGUGAUAUAUACACCAGAAAGAGGUGCAGAAGGGAGAAACAAUUACCCAGACAAGACGGCGUGAUCCCACAAACAGGUCUUUAAAGGAGCACACCAGCGUUUUUCAACCUGAUCUCCAUCUACAGAGCAUGAUCACUUACUAAAGACAAGGAUUUCAAUACGUUUCACUGAACUUCUGGAAUAGAAAAUCCAUUAAGUCAAAAAUCGCUUAUAAUAGAGCUCAACCGGCAGCUGAAUUGUGGGAAAAUGUUUAAAAUAAGAGUCUAUAUAACAUAAAUGUGAAACUCCAGCUGAUCCACUGUAGCAGUUAGGAUGAUAAACAGAGAGAAUAUCGUACUAAAACUGUUCUUGUCAAGUUUUGUUCAACUUCGCAUCAUUGGAGAAACACAAAAGUAGUUCCGGUCACUUUCACCUUCCCUAAGAUUUUCUUGUAUCCAUGAUCAUCAAAGCAGAUCCUGUGAAUUACCAAAGUCUUCCCUCUGGAACACAUAUUUACAGCUUAAUUUACAGCCUGUGGAGAAUCUACAUGCUUUACAAAGUAACUUCAACUGACAGAACUUAGCAGCUGCUUCUGUUUCAAGUCGACUGGUUUUCCGUUCUAAGAUCAGGGAGACGUGUUGAAGUUCUUGUCCGUGGUCAUCGAUCACACUCUGCAGAUAGAGAUCAGAAUCAAACGAUGGACUCUUCCUAUGAAGAUGGAAAGAGUGAGCAAACAAAGAGCAACAGAACGUUAGAGAGCGGCGUGAGGAAUAAAGCACGUUUUUAAACUGAAGACACUGUAACCGCACGGCGAUCGGGUUUCACAUUGAACACGGUCUGGAUCUAUGGAGCCUGUAGACUUCGGCUUUACAGGAAGUGGUGCACUGUACAUUCUGCAACUCGGCUUGUGGUGGCGGUUUGUGUGGGUGGGGGGGUCGAGGUGGGGGGGUCUCCAGUACCAGUAAAGUGAGAAGGCAGGAGGUGAAACCAAAUGCAAAACCAAAAAAAAAAAAA